UUUAACACGUCCAAAGACUAAAAGAAUAGAAAACGCGGCGUUUUGAGUUGUGCGUCGUGCUGUCAAAUAAACUGGACACUGAUGAGCAGGACAAGACUCAGAAGGAAACGUAUGGCUGUAAACAUAUGCCACUCUUUACCUUCUCAGCUUUGUUCUUCCAUUUCUACUCGUAGAGUUUUAGCUCCAAAGUCCUCAAAGGCUCUCAUAACUUGCUCAGCCAAACCACUAUCCUCUCACAUGGAAUCACGAGGAAAGUUUCUGGAAUUCCCUUACGUUUCUGCGCCGAUCAGAACUCUCAUGAUUGAUCUCGUAUCGACGGUCGAAAAUCGCCUUGGCUCGCAGCUGCUUCCUUGCACUCUACCACCUAAUGUACAGUAUUACGAGAACCAGAGUGGUAACGCCCAAGCCUCUAUGCACAUCAGAUCAGGCCUCGACUCCUCUUCGAUUGAUUUCAUUCUGGGAAGUUGGAUACACUGUGAGUUGCCAACAGGAGCAUUGAACAUAUCAAGCCUUUCAACCUAUUUAAACUCUUCUACUGAUGCGCCAAAUUUCUUAAUUGAGCUUAUACAGAGUAGCCCUACAUCUUUAGUCCUCAUCCUUGAUUUGCCCCCUCGAAAGGAUCUUGUUCUAGACCCGGACUACCUUCACACCUUCUAUGAAAGCACAAAGCUGGACACAUAUCGACAAAUGCUUGAGAAAGUCCCUGAGGUUAGACCAUACUACUCACCAACACUCUACAUACGCUGUGCUGUCUCUCCAACAGCAGUUAUGGUGCGCAUAGAAACAGAGUCAGAAGAAUCAGCACGCAUUGAGGAAAUUGUAACAAGUUAUGUGGAUCCUAUUGCUAAGGAACUGCUGGGAAUAUGGUUGAAUCAGUGUGCUUGUGGUGAAAGAGAAGUUGGGGAGACAGAGAGAGCUUAUUUGGAAGAGAGGGAUAGGGUAAAUAGGAGCAAGACCAUUGAGAUUGAUCUGGUGUCAAGCUUCCCAAGGUUAUUUGGGCAAGAAGUAGCAGAUCGGGUAACAAGUGUUUAUACAGGGUUAUCUAGGAAAGAUAAACCAAGAGGCCGUCCACAUGAGUUACCACAUCAGAAGAAGCAAGAGAUUAAGGAAGCAUUUGAGCUGUUUGACACUGAUGGCUCAGGCACUAUUGAUGCCAAAGAGCUGAAUGUUGCCAUGAGGGCUCUUGGUUUUGAGAUGAAUGAAGAGCAAAUCAAUCAAAUGAUUGCAUCUGUUGACAAGGAUGGCAGUGGUGCAAUUGAAUUUGAUGAAUUUGUGCAAAUGAUGACAGCUAAGAUUGGUGAAAGAGACUCCAAGGAAGAGCUCAUGAAAGCAUUUUACAUCAUUGACCAAGAUAACAAUGGAAAGAUAUCAGUUGAAGACAUUAGGCGGAUUGCAAAGGAUCUGGGUGAGAACUUCACUGAACGAGAGAUAAAUGAGAUGGUUGAGGAAGCAGACAAAGACCAUGAUGGAGAGGUGAGCGUUGAUGAGUUUAUGAGGAUGAUGAGGACAACUACAUAGAGGUACUAAAGCUCUGCAGAAUGUUGAGAAAGGAUCAUGCUGUAGCUGUAGUAUAUUUGUCUAAAUUAAAAAAUAUAUAUAUUGUGCUCUAGACAAAUAAUGUUCAUUUUUUAUAGUGGUUUGAUUUUAAGUCUGUAGCAAAUUAUUUAUUACUAAUUAUAAUGGUUGGAGUUGGACAUUA